AUGAUACCCCUGAACAAAGAUGCCGAAAUAGAAGUACUACUUGGCAGAGAUGCUCCGCAGUUCCACAAAGUGAGAGAGGUGAUCAACGGCAAAGAUGACCAGCCAUGGGUGCACCGUCCCCGACCUAGGCUGGCUGUGGCCAUCAGUUGCCUAAGAAAAAACUGUGAAGAAGGUGAACCAGAGUUUGACACCGAUGUGAGGGAGCUGAUAGAAGGAAAUUUCAACAUGGACGACCUGCUUAUGUCCUUACCAAUCAAGGAAGAGGAAGUCGACGAGAAUCUCCUGUCCACUGCCAAUAGCCGUCUGCACAAGUUCUUUUCCAGCGAUGCUAAUGUCCUGGCAGCAUUUGAGCAUAGCAAGUUGGCCCCAAACCUGGCUCCAGCUGACCUCUCCAGCAAAGAUGAAAGCACCGUUCGGCAGCAGAAUCCGACUGCAAGAGUUGGCAUGUCUGUGAGAAGGCAAAGUCCAUCAAAAAGCGUCUCUAAGCUGAGACAAACAGGGUACUCCGAGUCGGAGGCAGACUGCAGACAUCUCAACUACCACACAGAGCAGCACACACAGCUGUACUACCAAAGAACAACCAUGUCACAAAGCUCAUCAUCACGCAGUUCCAUCAGCAGUGCAGCCACCAAGUUCGAUACAUUACAUUGGCCAUUCCAGGUGACAGCCCCAGACGGACCAUGUGAUCCCAAAGAUCUCUUGAGGAGCCAUUGGAGACUCGUUCAGCAUCUAUCCAACAUGUUCUGGGACAAGUGGCGGAAGGCUUUCCUACCUCUGCUACAGACUAGAGUGAAAUGGCAGCAGCCAAAGAGAGACCUGAAAGAUGUUGUCAUCGUCAAAUGUGACUCCCGGCAAUACGACUGGCCUCUCGGCAAGGCUUUUGGCUUUGAAGCAAGUGGAGACGGACACAUCACCAAAGCCAGCAUGGAGAUGGUAGCCGCAGACCAGAGGAGCCCGUUCCUACAACCAACCCUAUCUGCUGCAGUUUUUUGCAUGGUCAGGCCUGGAACAGACGGGCUUUUAGUUACACCUGUUGGCCAGUUAAAGACACGUACAAUGUUUAGCGACAACAUUAUUGCAGUAACGAGAGUUUUGACCACGCUUGCAGCUUUUGGUCUGACCGCUUUUUCCAUAGAACUUGACCAUGAAAACUGGAGAGAGUUCAAGUCGGCAAUAAUGCAAGGCAAGAUCUCCAGCGGAGGGCAGAGAGCUGCGUGCAACGAACCCUUUAAACAUAGAAUGCUUUUUGACUGUGACGUAGAGACUUCCAGUCAGGUGCCGAAAUCGGUCCACAUGCUGACACCAGCAAAUGUCAAGGUUAUUGGAGCCAUUGGAGACUCAAUCACGGCUGCAAAUGGUGCCCUUGCAUGUAAUUUGUUAGAAGUUGUCAAUGAAUAUCGAGGAGUAUCGUGGAGUAUUGGUGGAGAUUACAACCUCACAGAGGCUCUCACGUUACCUAAUAUUUUGAAAAACUACAAUCCUGAACUGAUGGGAUACUCGCUGGGAAUAGGAAACGUCACCUCAGACAUAUCGAAUUUCAACCUCGCUGUCCCGGGUUCAAUCGCCAGUGACAUGCCUGGGCAGGCCGAGGAACUGGUGAACCGAAUCUUCAAUCACCCCGACGUGGCCUAUGCCGAUGACUGGAAAGUGGUUACGCUGUUCGUUGGCGGAAACGACAUCUGUGAGCAUUGCGAAAACCCGUCCAACUACACUGUGGAGGAUUACGUUUUCUACAUCACCAAAGCUCUGGACCACUUACACGAGAAAUUGCCUCGGACCUUCGUCAAUGUCGUGGGCCUUCUUAACAUUACCGAGCUGGUUUUACAAGAGCAGUUCAUUUGCAAGCUUGUUCACAGAAUACUCUGUGGAUGUAUCCUCCAACUCUCAGAAGAGGAACGGCUGGCUCUUGAAGAACUCAACCGAGAAUAUCAAGAUGGUCUAGAAGCACUAGUUAACAGCGGCAGGUAUGACACCAGAGAUGAUUUCACUGUAGUAUACCAGCCAUUCAUGGAGGAAACCAGAUUUCCAGUUGGUGACGUGAACGACCAUGUCAUUACAGUAGCAGCGGCGAAUAAUGCUGCAUAUAGGAACAGCAUCCACUACCCAAUACGUGAUAGAUUUCGCAGCUAUAUAUUAGAUCUUUCCUGCUGCUUUGCAAGUCAAGACCAAAAAGAGACGUUAUUUUUUUGGCCAGGUGAUAUUCUCAUUAUGUUUGGCCUUACACGCACGUUACUUUCUUUUCAAUCUUGUCAGGAUGGUAAAGUAGACCAGUCUUACAUGGCGCCUGACUGUUUUCAUCUUAGUGCAAAGGGCCAUGCGUUUGCAGCAAGAGAGCUAUGGAACAAUAUGCUGCAGCCAAUCGGUCAAAAAUCCUCGGCUUGGGAUCCUAACGCAACUGACAUUCCCUGUCCGACAAAGGAAAGGCCGUAUUUCGCUACAGCCCAAAACAGCCUGUUAACGACCUCGGAGUCCCAUGUUACCAGCGGUGGUAUCCGAACGGGCGGCGUACGUCUAUGUGGCCAGCUGCUGUUCCUGCUUCAACUUGCUCUAGCUUUGCUGUUUUCCCUUAAAUCGCGAAGGGAUUGGCACAAAGCCCGUAGUGUGGUAACACAGCUAAAAGAAACCUGUGGGGAUAGUAGGAUUUCGUGUGUCUUUGGACACAAGUUGGGCUGUCAGGCCGAUUUUGAGCAUGAUUAUGAUGGAGUGUUUGACCAAGACUACAGUGACUUGAACCGGACCAUCCAGGAUCUUAUCACUUUACUGCCAGGCUAUAACUGUACAGGGGAUCCAUCGUGGCCGUACGGCGAGGUGCAGAUCUUUCCGUGUGAAAUCCUUCCUCCUUCUCAGUCAGUUCCGAAUUCAGUUCACAGGUUGCGUCCUGCUGACAUCAAUGUGAUAGGAGCUAUAGGGGAUUCGCUUUCCGCUGCCAGUGGCGGUGGAGCAUGCUCAUUGCCACAGAUGCUACUGCAAUACAGAGGCAAAGCAUUUAGUCAUGGCGGAGAUGAUAGUUAUGAGACAGUCCCAACACUGGCCAACAUUUUUCGGAAAUACAAUCCCAACUUGAAAGGAUACGGUGUUGGGACUGGAGGCUGGUCCUCGCAGAAUGCUGGGAUGAAUGUGGCGAUACCCGGCGCAGUUGCACUUGAUAUUCCUGAACAAGCAGAGAAUCUGGUGCAGAAGAUGAAGGACGACGCUAGCAUCGACUUCGACAAGGAUUGGAAGCUGGUGACAAUCUUUAUUGGGGGCAAUGACCUUUGUGCAGUGUGUAAGGAUAAGGAGAAAUACUCACCGAGCGCGUACAUCGGUAACAUACAGCGAGCCAUACGGGUGCUGCACGAUCAGUUACCUCGGACUUUGGUUAGUGUUGUGGGCAUUCUUGACCUCCGAGAAUUAAACCUGCUUCCCGGAUUGCUUUGUGAUAUCAGCCACAGGAUCUUCUGUCCAUGUGUUGCGAAUGCCACGGAGACAGAGUUACAAAAUGAGUGGCUACCAAUUCUGCAGCAGUAUCAGGAUAUGUUGGAAGGGAUGGUUACCAGCGGAAUGUUCGACGAUAAAGAUGACUUCACAGCAGUCUAUCAACCGUUUUUCCAUGAGACCAAACUACCGUUGGUUGACGGUUCUGGAGACAUUUCGUACAUGGCACCAGACUGUUUCCAUUUUGGCGCCAAGGGUCAUGCGGAGACUGGUAACUGCCUAUGGAAUAACAUGGUGCAGCCCGUAGGCAGUAAGGCUAGAGCAUGGGUACCUGACGGACCUUUCACUUGCCCAACAGAGGUGUUGCCGUUUAUUUACACCAACCUGAACAGUAGACAGGCUGCCACAACAGACAAACCUGCGAUGACAUCGACGGACAGGGAUGUUGUAAUCACUACCAUGGAUACUGGGAGUGGGGAUUCAGGAAGCGCAUCUAAGCUUGCCUUGUCCUUCUGGAUUCUUAUCAUGUUGGAGUUUUGCUUUGUUUUUCCAAGUCUCCAGUUUGAGUAUGACUACGAUGGCGUGAUUGGAGAUGAUUACAACGACUGGAACCGGACCAUCCGGGAUCUUAUCACUUUACUGCCGGGCUAUAACUGUACGGGGGAUCCAACAUGGCCGUACGGCGAGCAACAGAUUUUUCCGUGUCAAAUCCUCCCACCAUCGGAAUCACCACCAAAUUCAGUUCACAUGUUACGGCCUGCAGAUAUCAAAGUGAUUGGAGCCAUUGGAGAUUCGCUGACAGCAGCGAAUGGAGGCGGAGCAUGUUCAUUGCCGCAGUUAUUGUACCAAUACAGAGGGAAGUCUUUCAGCCAUGGUGGGGAUGAGAGUUACGAGACAGUGCCAACACUUGCUAAUAUUCUUCGGAAAUACAACCCGUCUCUAAAGGGUUACGGCGUGGGGACGGGUUCAUGGUUUACAAGCAACGCGGGAAUGAACGUGGCCUUCCCAGGAGCAGUGGCCUACGAAAUUGAGGAGCAAGCGGAGCGCUUAGUGCAAAAGAUGAAAGAUGAAGCUAGCGUCGACUACGAGAAGGAUUGGAAGCUGAUAACUAUCUUCAUUGGGGGUAAUGACCUUUGUGACUUGUGCAACGACAAAACCUUGUACUCUCCCGGAGCAUACGUCAACAACGUCCGCAGGGCCUUACAGGUGUUGCAUAACAAGAUGCCCCGCACCUUUGUCAAUGUUAUUGGCAUUCUUGACCUCCGACAAAUAAAUGAAUUCGAGGGAUUCGUGUGUAAAGCAAGUCACAGAGGCUUUUGCCCAUGCGUUGCGAAUGUCCCCGUUGAGGAACUUGAAAAUGAGUGGACACCAACGCUGCUGCAGUACCAGAUUCAGUUAGAAGCGCUGAUUGGCAGUGGUACGUUUGACGACAAAGAAGACUUCACUGUUGUAUACCAGCCGUUCCUGCACGAUUCCAAGAUCCCACUGAUUGAGGGAUCCGGCGACCUUUCAUACAUGGCACCAGACUGUUUUCACUUUAGUGCAAAAGGACAUGCUGAGACUGCUAAGGGCUUGUGGAAUAACAUGAUGCAACCGGUGGGAAGUAAAGUGACUUCAUGGGAGCCGAAUGGAGCAUUCACUUGCCCGAGCGAGGUAACGCUGCGUAGCUAA